AUGGCUGAUGGAGUUAUAGUGGCUCAGAAAGAGGCCGUAUCGUCCUCCAACCCCUCCGGUGUCCCUUCUCCCGCUGAAGCAGCGCAUCCGUUCAACAAUCCCUCAGCAGACCUAAUCCUUCGCACUUCAGACAAUGUAAAAUUUCGUGUCUGGACGUCCAUCCUGCGGGAGGCGUCUCCUGUCUUUGCCGACAUGUUCGCGCUUGGCAGACGACCCAUCCAGCCCUCCCAAUUGGACGCGGACAGUGAUGGAGGAGAUCGCAAGCCUUCCCUCAGCUCUAGUUCAUUGGAACUCGAGCCUAUUCUUGACCUACCCGAACUUACAAGUACCACCCUUCGGAGCCUUCUUCUAACCAUUUACCCUCCACCCACCUAUGCGUUCACCUCACUCGACGACCUCAAGGCCGUCCUCUCCGCCGCACAUAAGUACCAAAUGGACGCUGUGAUGGAUCUCCUCAAGGACGUGCUGGUCCGCCACUUCGUGAAAGAUGAGGCCCUCCGCGUCUUCUGCAUCGCAACAAUGUACAACAUACCCAGCGCCCAGGAGGCCGCUGCACGCCGAUUUCUCGCGCUUCCUGCAAAUCCCGCCGCAGAAUCUUACGUGGACGAGCUUCAGUACAUUGACGCGAGGUCAUUGAAGAAGUUCGAGGGCAAGCGGGCACAAAUGGGAUUCGCGUUUGGCCGGUGCAAACGCGUGCCGUACACAACAUCAUCCUGCGCGCAUGUUAACUACGUCGACUCCCAUAUCUGGAAAUGCAUCCUCGCAGAAGCAUCGCCCGUUUUCGAGGACAUGCUCAAGCUUGCACACCAUGAAGAGCGGCCUGAAGGAGAUACACCAGUUCGUGGUUGCCCUACCGAACCGUCGGUGGACGUCAUACAUGUAUCCGAGACCGAUACCACGUUGACAGCCCUCCUCCGGUGGAUCUAUCCUCCUCCGCAUUACGACUCGCCUCAGUCGUUGACGGUGCUGGAACCGGUGCUUGCUGCUGCGCAUGUAUACCAAAUGGAUGGAGUCGUUUCGAUGAUCAGCGCUAUCCUCAUCAACGACUUGGCGAAAGCUGAGCCACUGCGUGUGUACGCGAUUGGCACCGGCUACCGUCUAGCGGACGUCAUGCGAGCCGCCGCGCGUGGUUUCUUCACACUUCCCCCAUCCGCCGCGAAAGCCUAUGUCGCCGAGCUCGAGGAUAUCAGCGGCGGGGCGUACUACCGUCUUUUCAAGUACCGCAUGGAUUGCGUGGCCACGCUAGCUGACAUGAUGGCGAAUCUGACAUGGUUGGCCGACGAUGGAUGGGUGUUCAAGUGGAUCACGCCCAAAUGUGUUUGCGCGGGGAAUCGAGAAGCCAUGAAGUAUCGCUUCAGCGACUCCGAUGACGAGUACAUCCUCAGUUCCUGGUUCACGGCACAGUACCAGCGCAUCGCGUCGCUGCUGCAAGACCAGCCAUGUCAGGAGGCCCUCGAAGAACCGGGCUUGUACGACGAGGCACUCAAGGAGGUCAUUCAAUGCCCGAUCUGUCAAGGAAGAGCAUACACAGAUAUGCGGCUCUUCGCGAACCGUGUCAGAGAUGAGAUAAUCCGGAGGAUUGAAGAGGUAUGCACGAGUACUUAUCGAAAGGAUUUGGCCAUGAACCCUGACCGUGUUAUAGGUUUCCUUGCAGUUACAUUGUAA